AUGUCACUCUGUGCGAAGCUAUCGGAUACUAUACUAGCUGGAAACAAAGCGGACGAUACCAGACCCAAUUUUGCUGAUUUGGGACAGCUACUCACACACGUGGGCGGGCUAGUGGAAGCCUCGAAUGCCCUUUCCAAAAGUCCGGAAUGGCAGAACUUGGACCGUUCAGAUCCUGAUUUCUUUGUGAAGAACAGCAUCAUGGGGGUACCACAGGGAUACGAUGCAGAAUUGGACAAUCUUAAUGAGCGCAUAUCUGAUCUCGAAGUUCGACACAUGGAUAGGAUACGUCUGGAGAUGUUCGGUCCCUCAUCUCGAGUCAAAAUUGUACGCCAUCAACGCCAAGGCUGGAUAUUGGAGAUCUCUAAAAGGCACAUGACUGAGGAGAAAGAGUGCAUCGAUGGUCUGGUAGCCUCGGAAGAAGCAUUGCGUGAGUUGGAGGGCACAUCGCAAAUCAAACGCUUCUCCUCCAGACGCUUGGACGCGCUCGACACUGAGUUCAGGAGUCUCGAGCGUGAGUUGGCCGACAGGCAAAAGCGGAUAUUUGUUCGGCUAUGCGAUGUGGCGUGCGACCAUACGCACAGUAUUAUCCAAUCAGCGCGUGCCCUGAGUAGCCUAGACGUGGCUAGUAGUCUGGCUGUAGUAGCUGAUGAGCACGGAUUCUGUCGCCCAGAAGUUACCACAGGCACAGAGUUUGAAGUGGUAGGUGGAUAUCAUGCGGCUGUGCAGAAAGCGAAUUUACGACACCACGCGUCGUUUGUCGCAAACGACUGCCAUCUGAGUCAGCAGAAGAUGUGGCUCAUCACGGGCCCUAAUAUGGGUGGGAAGUCUACCUUCUUGAGACAGAACGCCCUCAUGAUUAUCAUGGCCCAGGCUGGAAGCUUUGUGCCGGCCAGAAGUGCAACCAUCGGCGUGUGCGACCAGCUGUUUGCGCGUGUGGGUGCUAGCGAUGACAUCUCGCGUCACAUGUCCACGUUCAUGGUGGAGAUGAUGGAAACGGCGCGUAUUCUCCAGAAGGCCACGCACCGCUCCUUCGUGGUGCUGGAUGAAAUUGGGCGAGGAACGUCCACAUACGAUGGGAUGGCGAUUGCGUCGGCGGUGUUUGAGCAUCUGCACGACCACACGGCAUGUCGUACGUUGGCAGCAACACACUAUAAGGAAGUGGCCAGGGUGGCUGGACAACUGCGCAACGCUGCAUGUCAUCGCACGGUGUUUAGUCAUGAUGGAGGGGAUAUCGUCUAUGGUUACAACUUAGAGCCUGGAGUGGCUAAAAGGUCACACGGUAUCGAUGUGGCGCGUAUUUCCGGCAUGCCCAAGUGCGUUACUGACCGAGCGCAUCAUCUGUUGGUAGCACUCGAGGCCACGGGCGAUGAUUUGGAGAGUAGUCUCGGAAAUACGAUAGCGAAGUCCAAGAAGUAG